UUGCAGUGUGUCGGAACCGUUCGCAUACCGACGAUCGUUUGGCGGCACUGGAGAGGCGUACAUUGCUCGCUGGUAGCAUAACGAGUAUCCGCACACGUAUCGGAAAAUGAAGGUAUUUGUGUACCUUGUUUUCCUGUGCGUCUGGUACGGGAGGACUUCUCAAUCUCUACCACAGGUGGUAGUGCAGCGAGAAGCGCUUACUGAAGAACAGAUGGCAGCCACUUUGGAACAAUACGAUCAGGACGUUCGGGUUCUAUGUAACCGUAAUGCGAUAGCGAACUGGAAUGUAGCGACCGACACGGAGAAUGAAUAUUUGCAGGAAGUGCAGAACAACGUGUCGCUGGAGUAUGCCAAGUUUCGGAACGAUUACUACGAGCAGCACUUCAAGAGCGCCAAUGUGGAGGAUUAUCGUAGCGAAAAGAUUCGAAAGCAGCUCCGAUUGCUGAAAGAUCUCGGGACGGCAGCACUGCCUGCAGAAAAGCUGGCCUCGUUGAAUCGUGUGUUGCGCAAAAUGGAUACAGCCUAUCAGCUAGCUGAAGUGUGUCCUUAUGAAAAUCAGCAGUGUGAUGCUGCCGAUUCCAAGUGGACGCUCGAUCCCGAGCUGGAGAAAGUGAUGGCUGAAUCGGAUAAUUACGACGAGCUAGAGUAUGUGUGGCGUCGCUGGCGCGAGGAAUCUGGCAAUAAGAUGCGCUCCGACUAUAAAGAGUAUGUGGCGCUGGUAAACGAGGCAGCGAGGUUGAAUGGGUACGAGGAUUACGGCGCCUUGUGGCGAUCCAAGUACGAUGAUCCAAAGCUACGAGAGACGCUGGAACGACUCUGGAGCGAGGUGGAGCCUCUGUACGAUGAGCUGCACAGCUACGUGCGCUAUCGUCUUUUUGAGCUUUAUGGCGAUCGCAUGGAUAAGAUGAACCCUAUGAUCCCGGCCCAUCUGCUGGGUAACAUGUGGGCUCAAUCGUGGGCUAACAUGUAUGAUCGUUUGAAACCAUUCCCAAAUGCAAGCUUGGUGGACGUGACAGCCAAAAUGAAGGAACUGGGUUUCAAUGCGACCAGAAUGUUUGAGAUGUCAGACGAAUUUUACCAGAGUCUUGGGUUGCCCAGCAGUGCUAUGAGCUACGGGGCGAAAGCCGUGAUUGAAAAACCACCACAAAAGAUCGUUUGUCAUGCGUCUGCGUGGGAUUUCUGCGAUGGAGAAGAUUUCCGGAUAAAAAUGUGCACCAACAUCAAUAUGGGGGACUUUAUCACGGUUCACCAUGAGAUGGGACACAUUAUGUACUACAUACUGUAUAAGGAUCAGCCGAACCUGUUUCGUACUGGUGCUACGCCAGCCUUCCAUGAAGCGGUUGGCGAUACCAUUGCCCUGUCGGUGGCCACACCGAACCACCUGCGUAAAGUAGGAUUGCUGGACGAGUACGAAGACAGCCAGGCGGACAACGUGAAUGCACUGUUCGAGAUGGCGUUAGAACGGGUGGCCUUCCUACCGUUCGGAUACUUGAUCGACAUGUGGCGAUGGGACGUUUUCAGCGGAGCGGUCAACGAGAGCGAGUGGAAUGCACACUGGUGGAAGUUACGCGAGAAGUACCAAAAGGUUUAUGCUCCGGUAUCGCGGUCGGAGGAAGAUUUCGACCCGGGAGCAAAGUAUCACAUCCCGGCCAGCUCUCAGUAUAUAGCAUAUUUUUUGGCACACAUUCUAGAGUUUCAGUUCUAUCGUGCCCUGUGCAUUGAAGCGGGACAGUACGAUCCAUCGCAAACAUCUGGCCAACCACUUCACAAAUGUGAUUUCUACCGGAGCAAAGCUGCUGGAGAUAAGUUACGCGAUGGUCUUUCGCUUGGAUACAGUGAGGAUUGGGAGGAUGCACUUGAGAGGCUAACUGGAGAGCGAGAGAUUAGCGGCAAAGCUUUGCUAGAGUACUUCGAGCCUCUGUACCAGUUUCUGAAGGAGGAAAACCGCAAAUUUAAGGCGGCACAAAUGCCAAACAUUGUUGAACGAUACAGUGAACAAUACUCAACCGCAUGUACUAAGCAAGUGAGGGCCCAGUAUGCCACACAGGUCGACGUAGGCAAUCCUCAGCUGCAGCAACAGCUUACGGACGUGUUAGCGGAAAAUACUCAAUUCGUGCUGGAAAACUACAAUCGAUAUUUUGCCGAUGUAGAUCCGAAGGAUGUUUCGGACCCUAUUGUAAGUCGCCAGCUCGAAUUUUUAACGCAAAUAUCAAUCAACAAGCUGCCCGCCCAAGAUCUAACUAAGUUACAACAUGCCUUGGGCAGAAUGCAAAACAUCUACAGCAGUGCUACGAUUUGUCCGUAUCGUGAUCGGAAGUGUUCUGAAGGAAGGCUCUCGCUAGAUCCUGAGCUGUACGAAAUAAUGGCCAAGUCGGAGGACUUCGAAGAGCUGCAGUACGUGUGGAAUGAGUGGCGGCGCGUUACGGGUCGCAACAUGAAACCCGACUUUAAGACCUAUGUAGACAUGAUGAACCGUGCCGCCAAGCUGGGAGGAUUCCAAGACAUGGGAGAGCUAUGGAGAUCCUCGUUCGAACAGGAUGAUUUCGUCAAUGGCAUGAAGCGUCUGUGGGGUGAGUUGAAGCCAUUUUACGACGAAUUGCACAAAUACGUCCACCGUAAACUGAAGGCCAUCUAUGGUGAGCGGAUAAAGGAUGACAACAUUCCGGCACAUCUGCUCGGUAAUAUGUGGGCUCAGUCGUGGUUGAACCUGUACGAGCGAACAAAGCCAUUCGAAAAUACGGUCGAUUUGGACAUAACGGAAGCAUUGAAAGCGAAGAACUACACCGUUCGGCAGUUGUUUGAAAUUGCGAACGAUUUCUACGUGGGGCUCGGUCUACCCGAUAACAGCAUGAGCUACGAUACGGCUCGCGGAGCAAUGAUAGAGAAGCCUUCGGACGGCCGGGUGGUAACGUGCCAUGCGUCUGCGUGGGACUUUUGCGAUCGACAGGAUUUUCGCAUUAAAAUGUGCACGCGCAUGAAUAUGGAAGACUUUGUGACGAUUCACCACGAGAUGGGCCACAUCAACUAUUACAUUCUGUACAAGGACCAGCCGGUAACGCUGCGCAGUGGUGCAAAUCCGGGCUUCCACGAAGCGGUCGGUGACACGAUUUCACUGUCCGUAGCUACACCGAAGCACUUUGAAAAGAUUGGCUUACUGCAGGGGUACAAUGACACGUAUGAGGAGAACAUUAAUGCACUAUAUCAAAAGGCUCUGGAUCGGGUGGCGUUUCUUCCGUUCGGGUUGCUGAUCGAUAUGUGGCGCUGGGAAGUUUUCGCCGGCAAGGUAGACUAUUCGCGCUGGAACGAGCGGUGGUGGGAGCUUCGCGAAGAGUAUCAAAAGGUGUCUGCUCCGGUCGAGCGGGAUGGUGAUGACUUUGAUCCGGGCGCAAAGUACCAUAUCCCAUACGAUAGCCAGUAUGUGUCGUAUUUCAUAGCGCACAUCCUGGACCUGCAGUUGCACAAGGCACUCUGUACGGCAGCAAAUCAGUACGAUCCAAACGAUCCGGCAAAACCGCUGCACAAGUGCGACAUCGAUGGAUCGCGAGCUGCUGGUGAUCUGUUACGCGCGGGACUUUCGCUUGGUCGAUCGGUGCACUGGUCGGAAGCACUGAAAGCGAUGACGGGCGAAACGGAACUACGGAGUGAUGCUUUGCUCGAGUACUACAAACCGCUGUACGAGUUUUUGAAGGAAGAAAAUGCCAAAGCAGGAAGCGCUAGAUUUGUGCCAGUAUCGAUCAGUUUAAUAUUAAUACCAUGUAUAGUGUUUCUGUUCCGAUAUUAUUAGGGACUUCGCUUGUUCGGAAAUUGUUAUUUGUGUAUCAUUGUGAUUGUUUGGUAACAAAUUGUUGAUGUAAAUUAUUAUUUUUGUACCAUAAAUCCACUGCAAAAGGGAAGCUCGGUGGUACAAACAAACUUUCUUAUCGCGGGUGCGAUAAGUCUUGGUGCCAAUGCCCGAGAAAGGCGCGCCCAAGCCGCAAUACGUUGUAGUGAUCGCGUAUUGUGCUGGUCAGUGAACGCCAAUUGAUAGUUAACGAAGUUAAAUUACUUGAAACAGUUGAGUGGGGAGACGUUUAUUUGCGAUCAUGCGAAACGCUUUUGUUGUUGUUGUUUUUUUAACUGAUAUUUAGAAGAAGCAUGCUAAGAAGGAGUUGAACAUGAUGAUAAUUUCGAUUCAGCCCGACACUAUGAUAAAAUAAACGGAAACGAACAACAUUGAAAGUGACUGGAAAACUCCGAA